UGAUAGACAAUGAUGCGAGGACCGCCUAUGCCUCAGUGACAACCCAACAACUGGUGGUCGUUUAAAUGUGUUUUACCGCUGAAAUUGGACACGAAUUUAAUGAAAAUGGAAUGUAUCUAAGUGCAGCUUGUUUUCUACAGAAGAUGAAGAACGACGUCGUUGGAUAAGCAGAAAAUUAUUCAGUGUCCAGUCCGCCGUGUGCCCAGUCUCACUGCAAAGAUGGAGACUUUAAUCCCAAUCAUCAAUCGGCUGCAGGAAGUCUUCCUGACAGUGGGUGCCGAUAUCAUACAACUUCCCCAGAUAGUGGUGGUUGGAUCUCAGAGCAGUGGAAAGAGUUCUGUGUUGGAGAGCCUGGUUGGACGGGAUUUCCUGCCUCGGGGAUCAGGAAUAGUUACAAGACGACCCCUGGUGUUGCAGCUUGUUAAUGUGGCCCCUCUGCAGGAGAGAAAGCAGAUGGAGAUUGGCAAUGGGGUAAAACAAAACACCCAAAACAGCUACCCAGGUAUCAAAGCUGAAGAAUGGGGUACAUUCCUGCACUGCAAGAACCAGAUCUUUACAGAUUUUUCGGAAAUUUGCCAUGAAAUAGAAGCAGAGACUGAACGUAGUUCAGGUGAUAACAAGGGAAUCAGUCCCGAGCCUAUCUAUUUGAAGAUUUUCUCUCCUAAAGUCUUAAAUCUUACGCUUGUUGAUUUACCUGGAAUCACCAAGGUUCCUGUUGGGGAUCAGCCAGAAGACAUUGAAACUCAAGUGCAAGAGAUGAUCCUGUCCUUCAUCUCCAAUCCAAACUCCCUCAUUCUCGCCGUGUCUCCUGCCAACUCUGACUUGGCCACCUCCGAUGCACUCAAAUUGGCUCGCGAGGUUGAUCCAGAUGGCCGUCGAACACUGCUGGUGAUCAGUAAGCUGGACCUGAUGGAUGCAGGGACCGAUGCUCUGGAGGUCCUUCUGGGUCGAGUCAUCCCAGUAAGGCUUGGGAUUAUUGGGGUGGUUAACAGGAGCCAGCAUGACAUCAACACCCAGAAGAGCCUGGAGGACUCAAUGCGGGACGAGCACUCCUUCCUGCAACGCCACUAUCCCUCGCUGGCUUCCCGCUGUGGCUCCCGCUAUCUGGCCAAAACUCUCAGCAGGCUGCUCAUGCACCACAUCCGGGACUGCCUGCCAGACCUCAAGACCCGUGUGACUGUGCUGAGUGCCCAGUACCAGGCUCGCCUCAACAGCUAUGGCCAGCCUGUCGAGGACCACAGCGCCACCCUGCUGCAGAUUGUCACAAAGUUUGCCAGUGAUUACUGCAACACAAUAGAGGGCACAGCCAGGCACAUCCAGACCUCAGAGCUCUGUGGGGGGGCUCGGAUCUGUUACAUAUUCCAUGAGACCUUUGGCCGCACUCUGCAGUCCAUCGACCCCCUCGGCGGAUUGACUGAGCUCGACAUCCUCACUGCCAUCCGCAAUGCCACCGGUCCUCGGCCAGCCCUCUUUGUACCUGAGGUGUCCUUUGAGCUGCUGGUGAAGCGACAGAUCAAGCGCCUGGAGGAGCCCAGUCUGCGCUGUGUAGAGCUUGUCCACGAGGAGCUACAGAGGAUCAUCCAGCACUGCUCCUCCCACAGCACACAGGAGCUUCUGCGGUUCCCUAAGCUGCACGAUUCCAUUGUUGAGGUAGUGACGGGAUUACUGAGGAAGCGGUUGCCGAUUACUAAUGAAAUGGUCCACAAUUUGGUGGCAAUAGAGCUCGCAUACAUCAACACGAAGCAUCCAGACUUCACAGACGCAGCACAAGUCUCAGCAUCUGUCAACAGUCAGCAGGCGGAGGCCCUCGAUGGAGGGAAGCGCUGGAAGAACGAGAAAGCUGCAGAAGAGAAAGCCCCAGCCGCCAGCUUUGGCAGCCCCAGCAAAGGCCAGGCCAUUAACCUUCUCGACACAGCAGUGCCCAUAUCCCGCAAGCUGAGCGCGAGGGAGCAGAGGGAUUGUGAGGUUAUUCAGCGUCUCAUCAAAUGCUACUUCCUCAUUGUCCGUAAAAGCAUCCAAGACAGUGUCCCCAAGACAGUGAUGCACUUCCUCGUGAACUUUGUGAAGGAGCGUCUGCAGAGCGAGCUGGUGGGUCAGCUGUAUAAACAGCCACUGCUGCAGGAGCUGCUCAUUGAGUCGCAGGACACGGCACAGCAGCGCACGGAGGUCGCCCAGAUGCUCGAGGCACUUCAAAAAGCCAACAACAUCAUCUCUGAGAUCCGGGAAACACAUCUGUGGUAGCUAGAGGAAACGAACAAUUCCCUUCUCAUAGGACGUUCUUGAGAGUAUGAGAGUGUAUGUGAGUUUACCGUUGAGAAUGUGUGUGUAUAGCAGUACCACUGUUCUCUCAUGGACCAAUGACCACAACACAUUAAGAUCAUGUUUUCCUGUCAGCUGCAGGCCUGACCGGGGCACCGGGGGCCUUCUGUCGCACUGUGAGUACUGUAUAGUGACAGAGACCAACAACACUUUUCAUACAGCUAACAUUGUUGUUGAGUUGGACGAAAUGUGAAAAAGACAGCCAUGAACAAAAGCUAUAUGUGUAUGAUUUUUGCUGUAAGUGUAAAUUAUAAUGUGGCAUCUGUAACCUGUGCUGGAGGGUGUUUUGUGAAGCUCCAUUGUUUUCCAUUGACAGGGCUUGCUCACAGCCCAUAUAGCAGGUGCUAAAACUAUUUCAGAGUAAGUGUUUUACUUAGCAUUCCUUAUUAAUCUCUCGUGUUAUAGCAACAGUCUGGCUGUCUAGCAAUGAUAGUGAAAAUCCAACGUGGUCAAUACUGACUGCAACACAACACUGCAGAGUGAUAGUGGAAAUUUGCAGGCAGCACAGGGUGAGUGUGGAUUGUCUUUCUAGCUCCAUAGUGCUAAACAAUAUCAGGUUUAUUUUCAGGUUUCACAUUUACAUAUCUUUCUGUUAGUAUACUGUUGCGCUGUCGUGGCAGAUUCAUGGACAGCCAUAAAUGAAGUAACCAGGCUUUUACAACAUAAAAUUCCCUCUGCUUGUUGGAGACUCACACCUGGAGUUGCACCACUAAAUAUUUAGUGCACGUUGAAACAAAUAGGUAGGUCAAUAACUUUGUCAGGAGAUGUCAGCUUUGCAUAGACGGUUACUGCAGCAUUCUCAGGGGCCAGACUGAGAUCUGUAAGUCUGAUUUGUAACUGUGGCUGAUGAUACUAUGCUAUUCUGUAGCUGUCGCUCACUUCUUUCCACUGGUGAGCCUCUCCUACUACACCUGCACUGUGCCUGAGGCAGAGACAGGGAGUUGUUUCCCCAUGACUAUCCCAAGACUGACAGUCACCGCACAUGGGCGAACUCCUGCAUGCACUUGGUUGCAUAUCCCAAUAUUUUAAUAUAUAACUUCUAGUCAAGUCACUGUAGCCAUUUGCUUGUGUACCAUGAGUUGUUAAAUUGUGUAACAUUACUUUGUGUGAACUUGUUUUAGCUUUUUCCAUCUGUUUAUUAGGAUGUUGUCAAACUCCAUACCUUCCCCAAGUGCUGUAGCUAUUUUAUGUGAAUCUGUUCUCAUAGCCAAAGGUGUUGGAAAGCAAAUAGUCCUCCAGAAAAUGAGAUUUGCUCAGAAAGACUUGCCUUAAUGGGACCAUCUACCAGUAACUCUGACUGCAGUGCGAUCAGGGAGCAAGCACAAUGUACAGGCAGUCAGUCUUUCUGAAAGCAGCGUACGAGUAUGCACGUAUGUGUGUGUGUACAGUUUGCAUGUGUGGACGUAUGAAUGAAUGACUGCUAGAUAUGUAUAUUUUGUAUUAUUUAAAUGUACAUUAUGUUAUCAUGUCUUUGUCAACUGCCUGGAAGUUCUUGCCUGCCAAUAUUUGUGAUACACGUUUACUUAAUGAAGUCUGUUGGGAUGGAAGGAGCUAUUAAACCCAAGCGAAGGAUA